CACUGUUGAGUAAGAGCGUCGUGAAAUUUGUCUAGAGAAAUGAUAAAAAAUAUUUUUAUUUUAGUUUAAACAUUUUUUUUUUAAUUAUAUUGUAAUAAAAAACUUUAGCUCAUUGUGUUAAAAAGUGAAAAAUAAUUAAUUGAAAUGGCUACUAAUAUGUACAGAGUUGGAGAUUAUGUUUAUUUUGAAACAUCAAAUUCAUCGCCCUAUUUGAUCCGGCGAAUAGAAGAAUUAAAUAAAACAAGUUCUGGUAAUGUAGAAGCUAAAGUAAUGUGUUUUUACAGAAGAAAAGAUCUGCCCAACCCGCUCGUUCAAUUGGCUGAUAAGCACCAGUUGGCCGCCGCAGAAGACUCCCCUAUUGCAAUUAAACUAAAGAAAACUUGGCUUAGAACUCCUGUCGGUGAAGAACAAGCAGCUCAAGCUGUUUUAGAUCCCUCAAUUGCUUCGUUAGAUGAAGAAAAGUCUAACUCUGGCGGGGGUGGGAUUGGUAACGCUGAUCUUUCUUCUAAGCAAAGACACCAAAUAAAGCACAGAGAACUUUUCCUGUCACGUCAGGUGGAAACUCUUCCAGCUACUUCCAUACGAGGAAAAUGUUCAGUUACUUUAUUAAAUGAAACAGAAUCUUUAACAAGUUAUUUAAACAAGGAGGAUUCAUUUUUUUAUUGUUUGGUUUUUGAUCCAAAUCAAAAAACUUUAUUAGCUGAUAAAGGUGAAAUUCGCGUAGGAAGUCGGUAUCAAACCGAAAUUACACCUCUUCUCAAACCUGGUGAAAAAGAUGAUAGGACGUUAGAACAAGUUGAAACCCUAGUAUGGAACCCAAACCAUAAUUUAACCGAUAGGAAAAUCGAUCAAUUUUUAGUUGUGUCAAGGUCUAUUGGUACAUUUGCUCGGGCAUUAGAUUGCAGCAGCUCCGUUAAGCAACCCUCUUUGCAUAUGUCUGCAGCAGCUGCAAGCCGUGAUAUUACCUUAUUCCACGCUAUGGAUACACUGCAUAAACAUAAUUAUUCAAUUGAAGAUGCAAUGUGUUCAUUAGUUCCUUCAACGGGACCAGUAUUGUGCCGUGAUGAAAUAGAAGACUGGAGUGCAGCUGAGGCGAAUCUAUUUGAGGAAGCUUUAGAUAAAUUUGGGAAAGACUUUAACGAUAUUAGACAUGAUUUUCUUCCUUGGAAAACCUUAAAACAAAUAAUUGAAUAUUAUUACAUGUGGAAAACCACUGAUAGAUAUGUUCAACAAAAAAGAGUCAAAGCUGUAGCAGCAGAGUCUAAAUUGAAGCAGGUCUACAUUCCUAAUUAUAAUACCAAACCGAAUUCUGGUGCAAUAAGUAACAAAGGGGGACAUAACUAUAACGGAUCUGCUGAAAUUUUAAUUGACGACUAUAGUGGGAAACCAUGUGAAUCAUGUUCGACCAAUUCCUCUAACCAAUGGUAUCCUUGGGGACCUCAGCACAUGAAUUUUCGCUUGUGCCAAAACUGCUGGAACUACUGGAAAAAGUAUGCUGGACUGCAUGCACCUACAAGAGUGUCAGAUAGUGAAACAGAGUCGCAAAAGAAAAGGCCAGUUGUGGACUUGGAAGAAGAUAAAUUAAACGAUUUGUCCAAUAAGCAACACAAAUGCUCAAUCAAUAGUUGUGGAAAAGAAUUUAAAUUAAAAACUCAUUUGGCUAGGCACUACGCGCAAGCUCAUGGCAUAGCUCUUCGUUCUGGAUCACCAAGGCCGAUAAUGAAAACUCGUACAGCAUUUUAUUUAAAAACUACACCAUAUACAAGAUUGUCUAGAAUAUUGUGUAGACAUAUUAUUAAAGCUAAAAAAGCAGCACGUCAACCAUCAUAUAUGAUAAAUAUUCAAGCAGUAAAACAAGAAUUUUCACUCCGAUUAGCAAGUAAACCUUAUUUAAAUAUCAGAGAUACUGUAUUUAAAAAGAAAUAUCGUGGAAGCGUUACAAAAAUAGCAAAUCGCCUGGGAUCCCCAGGUGGUCAAAAUGAAUGGUUGAUUUUGACGCCAAAAGAAAAUAUGCCACAACCUGAUAAAGUAGCGUUCCCCAGACCACCAAAGGCUUCUGACGGUAGCUUAAUGUAUGAAAGGGUCCCAAAUAAGAUCGAAAAACUUAAGAUCGACCCAGACAUUAUAACCUUGAUACCUACUGGAGCAAAUACAACAAUUAAAAAACGAUCAUUUGAAGAUGUAAUAAACACCCCAGAGAUUAACGUACUAGCAGUUCCACCAAGUGUUGUAGUUGGACCACCUACAAAACGCGCAAAUAAAGACCCAAUGCCUUCUCACAGACCUACAGCAGAGCAGUUUGCAGCAAUUGUUGCAGCUUCGGGGCAAAAUAUACCAAGACAUCAUUUAAAUGGAAAACCAAAAAUUGCUCAAGUAACUCGAACGGGAUCGGGGAGAAAACAGGUUAUUAGUUGGAUGGAUGCACCUGACGAUGUUUAUUUUAGAGCAAAUAAGAAAGCAAGAAAAUCUUUAUCAACAAUAGAGCUUAGACGUGCAGCUCGAAGACCUUGGAGAAAUUUGCCAAUUCCCAAUAUACCAAUAAUACCUUCGGCUUCAAGUGAUUUACAAGUUGUGGUGCUAGAUUGAUUGAAAUCAAGUCGCCGUCGAUAUCCUUCUUAGUAUAUAGAUAAAUCUUUUUUUUAAAAUAAUAAAAAAUCCAAAAAAAAAUUUACAUUAAAUUGAAAUAAAAAAAUAUUUUAUUACUUAAUAUAAAUUAUCAAUAAAUUAUUAUAAAUAUUUUUCCUAUAAUUAUAACUUGUAGUGACAGCUUAUUAAAAACGUAAAAUAUCUAAUUUUUUUCAUAAAUACAUAUAAUUUACAUUGAAGCUGUUUAAAAUAAAAUUUUACCGCUUCUAAGUGUGAGGUUUAAGGAAUUUUAAAUUGUAAAAAAAAAAAAUAAAAAAUUAAUUUUGUCUUUGUAACAAAACAGAAAUGUAUUCAUAAAAAAGGCAUAUAUAAUAUAAAUAUGUAAUGUAUUAU